GUCACAUGCAAGUCACGUGAAUUAUGCGACAUCAUUCGUAAACAAACAAACAUGCAACUAAAAUUGGCUAUUUUGACAACUUUGCUCGCUGCAGAGUUAUGUCAUGCACAAGAUUACGAUGAGAAGUAUUAUGAUCAGUAUAUAGACCAUUUUAACUUUAUCAGUAUGGGUGGCAAAACAUUCAAACAACGAUAUCUAGUACAAGAUAAAUGGUGGAACAGAGGCAAGGGACCAAUAUUUUUCUACACCGGCAAUGAAGGGCCAAUCACCGAGUUUUGGGCAGCCACAGGUUUCAUAUUUGACAUUGCACCACAGUUUGGGGCACUGAUCGUGUUUGCAGAGCAUAGGUACUAUGGCAACUCGUUACCGUUCGGCAGUGAGACAUUUAAGCAAGAGAACAUGGGAUACCUGACGGUGGAACAGGCCAUGGGGGACUUUGCUGUGCUCAUUCAGUACCUUAAGGAGUCUAUGAAUGCAACACAGUGUCCAGUCAUCACGUUUGGUGGAAGUUACGGAGGAAUGCUGAGUGCCUACAUGAGAUUCAAAUACCCAAACAUUGUCACAGGCAGUAUCGCUGCCAGCGCUCCUAUUUUCCUGUUGACACCAGGCAUCAAUCGCAACUUUUUCUGGGAGGCCGUCACCAAAGACUUCUCUGAUGCUACUCCAACCUGUUACAACAAUGUUAAGACAGCAUUUCAAAUGAUGAAUGAUAUUGCAGCAAAAGGAAUGUCAGGUUUGAAGCAGCUCUCAACAACAUUCAAGCUCUGUGACCCCCUCGCUAGCAACGAUGACUACGUCCACCUCCUGGGAUGGGCACGUAACUCCUUCACCAACCUCGCCAUGUUUGACUAUCCCUACCCUGCUCACUUCUUCAGUGACCUUCCUGCUAACCCAGUCAAGUACGCCUGCCAGCUGAUGGAUGCGGCCACGUUCCCAGUGGAUGGUCUAGCGGUUGCCGCCGGCCUGUUCUACAAUGGCACAAACGGACAGCUGAAGUGCUAUGACAUCAAGACAGAGUUUGUGGCAUGUGCCGAUCAGACGGGAUGCGGGGUGGGGCCAGAUAGCCUGGCCUGGGACUUUCAGGCAUGUACAGAAAUCAACCUGGUCUCCGGCAGUACAAAUGUCACCGACAUGUUCCCUUUGUUGCCUUGGACACCUGAGAUGCGUAUGGACUACUGUCAGAUGACGUGGGGGGUCCAGCCACGGGAUACGUGGAGCAAUGUGCAGUUCUGGGGACAAAAUAUUGCAGCUGCCACUAAUAUAGUCUUCACCAAUGGAGAUCUUGAUCCCUGGAGAGGAGGUGGUGUCUUGAAAAGCCAAAAUCCAGAUGUAACAACAAUCACCAUUGCUGGUGGGGCCCAUCAUUUAGACUUGAGGGCACAGAAUCCCAUGGACCCUAUCAGUGUGAUGGCGGCGCGUGAAGUGGAGAAGCAGGCAAUUAGAAAGUGGAUCAACUCAUAAAAAUUCUGAUAAUUGAAAUUUUGGACUGUCUUGCAUUUUUAUCCCAAAUAUAAGAUUGACUGGCAACUUUUUUGCAAUAACUAAAUACUGUCCAACACAAAAAUCUGAUUUAAAUAGUUUAUAUAUUGGUUUAUGAUUGAUUCGGUUGUAGUAAUAGGAUAAAACAGGUUUACACUCAACUCGAUCUUUAUUUGUCUGGAUAUAGAAGACAGUUAAUGGUUGAACAAUCCAAAUUAAUUUCGUUCACAUAUUAAUUAUUGAAUGUUUUUAUGCCCCCGGAUCAAAUGAUCGGAGGUAUAUUGUUUUUGGCCUGUCUGUCUGUCAUUCUGUCUGUCAUCAAAACUUUAACCAAAAACUUUAACCUUGGUUAAAGUUUUGCAAAAACUUUUGCAAUAUUGAAGAUCUCAACUUGAUACUUGGCAUGCAUGUGUAUCUCAUGGAGCUGCACAUUUUGAGUGGUGAAAGGUCAAGGUCAUCCAUAUAUGGCUUCAAAGCGGCGCAAUAAGGGGCAUUAUGUUUCUGACAAACACAUCUCUUGUUCAUUUCUAAGAAUAAAAUGAUUCACUAUCUUUAAUUGGUAACAUUUUUCAUCAAACAAUAAAAUAAUACAAUGUGAAAUAUCUUUAUUUGCAUUAAGUUGGUAGUUGUUUUAUAUAUAAACCAUUCUAAAACUCUUUAACAGUCCAAUAAAUACAGAAUACCUGUAAGAAAAGUGCCUGGAAAUGUCUGACUUACAACGAUCACUUUGUUGAUGUCUGUAUAAUAUUUAAUAAUGUGGUGUCAAUGUUUAUUGUCUAAUUAUUAAUGCUUCAGAGGGGCACUUUAACCUUGUCUAUUGGGACAAUAUUGCUCUAUUACAUGUAGUCAUCUUGUCUAGGCUAUAUUGAUUUACAUUCCUUUUUUGUGUAGAUAUGUAUGUACGGUAUAAUAUUUAUAAGUAUUAUUAAAAUUUGUUUAAAAGA